GUAACAUCCCCCAACACAGGCCCAGAACAUCGUCCAAGCUCCAAACCAUCGACUUUUAGUCUUCCUCCCUUCCCCUCUCUCCUUUCCUCCGUUCUUCGUCAACAUCGCAAUCCCUACUCUGCAGAUGGCGGGAGACAGCAAGGUUUCAUCAACCCGAAAAUCGACCGCCGAAACGUCUUCCUCCAGCCCGUUCUAGCUCACGCCCUAGCUAAUCAACAGUAAAGAAACACCGGAAAAAGGUUCAGGGCGUUGGCGGUUUCAAGUUUCAACCUUUCGGGUUUUGCAGAUAACCCUUUGUAGAAAAGGCAGUGAAAGGAUGGCGCGGGUGCGUGAAACGAGAGCCGAUAGAAUUACCAACCUUCCCGUGGACGUGCUAAAUCGGGUUCUGGUGUUGUUACCCAUCAAAGACGCUGCCAAAACUAGUAUAUUGUCAACAAAGUGGAGGCAUCAAUGGAGAAGUAUCCCCGAACUUGUGUUUGAUGGUAGCUUCCCCGUUGGACCGGGUGGAUCUCCAUCAACUUCCAUGAUGAACAAGACAAUGUUCAACAUUUUCAAAGCUCUGCUGCUCCAUGACGGUCCAAUAAAGAAGUUUGUGAUUGCGUUUCCCGGAUUAAGGUCAUGCUACGGGAAUGCGAUUGAUGAAAUCGUUCUCUAUCUUUCUCAAAGACAUCUCGAGGAGUUCGCGCUUCCCUGUGCUGCUGGUGAUGGUCAGAAGUACAAGUUACAUUCUUCCUUGUUUACUUGUCUUCAACUGAACAUGCUGAGACUUAGGCAUUGCGAACUUGGACAACCAUCGUGGUUUGUGGGUUUUGGUAAGCUUAUGUCUCUCGUGUUGAUGAGUGUAACGCUGCCCUCUGAUUUCUGUGAGAAUUUCCUUCUCAAGUGCCCGAUGCUUAAAAGGUUGAGGGUUACGGAUUGUGAUGGUCCGAGUAAUCUUGAAAUCGUGGCUCCACGUCUGGUAUGGUUCCGUUUCUCGUAUAGGGAUCCACAGAAAAUAUGCUUUAAGUGUACUCCUCUUUUAGUUAGUCUUAGAUUAUGCUGGAACUUCGAGAAGACUGCAGAUAUGGUAGCUUUGCUUGCUUCUCUCCCAGCACUCAAAGAAUUUAAUGUCGACUUUGGACUCCCACAAAACAUUGCUGUAGGUGUUAGUGAUGUCCCCAGUAGGCUUCCUGCUCCUCUUCACCGGUUAAAACGCCUCCAUACCUGGGAUCUUGACUUUAGAAGCUUGGAGACAGCGCGUUUUUUUGUUUGUCUGAUCAUCAGUUCCCCCAACUUGCGUGAGCUAACAAUUAAGCUGCGCAGAAGCAAGCCAAGUCAGCCCGCCGCAAAUAGGGAUGCGACGACAACAAGCAUAGGAAGCCUGUUGGAAGCGGAGUACCGCCAUGGAUCCGGUGAUUGUUUUCUGCAGAAGCUUAGAGUGUUCAGAAUCGAGAAAUGCCUUGGUACGCAGGUCGAGCUCGACCUCGUGAAGUUCGUGUUAGCCACCGCUCCAGUACUCGAGAGGAUUCACAUUCCGCCGUUGCGUAAGUUAAGCUCUGGAAAGAUUGUCGAGUUCAUGAAGGAGAUAAUGAAAUAUAAGCGUCUUUCUAAAGAAGCCAUGGUUAUAUAUAAAUCAAAAUGACAGAGUUGUAGUAAUGCAGCACCCGGGUCAUUAGCCUAAUGUUCUCAGGUGGGUUUUUUUUUAAUGUAAUGUUCUAGCUUAAUGUGGUUUGGAUAUUCGUUGUCUCGACGCUAUGAAGCCAAUUAUUAUGAUGUAGUAUGAUAUAUUAUAUUUAUGUGAUGCUAUGAGAUACCGGAUUUGCCCC